AUGGACUAAGUAUGUGGUUUUUUAAUUAUUUUGUUUGUUUAUUUUUUUUGUUUGCUUCCUUUUUUUUGUUUGUUUUUUUAAUAAGUAGGUAGGUAGGUUGGUUGUUUUUGUUUGUGGUUCUUUUUCGUUAUUAAAGUUUCUAUUAUUAUUUUUAGAUAAGCUAUAAAGCUGAGCUUUUCUUAUACUUCUAGUAAUGAAACAGUAACUUAAGUUAGGAUUCAGCAUUACAAGAAUUAUAUGAUUAGUGAUUUAUUCAAAGAUACUGCUAAUCGAUUGAAAUAGCGAUUGAUAUUUUUAUUUGUGUAUAUUUUAUUUUUUAUUGAAAUAUUUAUGAGUGUUUAUUUGUUUGUUUGUGUGUUUUCGGUCGAGAGAUAGAUAAUUUAGAGAGUAAUUGAUAAGAGAGGAGCUAAGUAUAGAUUUUAAUAUUUGAAAUAGAUUAUUAAACUGAGAUUUUAUUUAUUUAUUUUUAAUUAGAUUAUUUUUAUUUAUUUAUUUAGUUAGUGA